CUAGCUGACAAGUUGCGUCGGGGUGGAAAUGGGCAGGGAACAGGAGCUUGUACGCAUUCGGGCCGUGAAGUGUUGGUUUCGCGAAGGGGGUCAACCUCAGUGUCUACGUGCUCUUUCUCGUGUUAUUGCUUUCAACGAAAUAAUAGAAACUCGAUUUUAAUGUAUCGCGCGUGCCAGUGUCUUAAGAUCAUUUAUAUGAGGAUCGUGGAGCGUUAGAAGAUGCUGGGAGACGAUCCACCGUACCUAUCAGUGGGUACGGAGGUUAGUGCUAAAUACAAGGGUGCCUUCUGUGAAGCAAAAAUAAGAAAAGUGGUACGAUCAGUUAAAUGCAGAGUAUCUUAUAAACAAGGUUUGGGUACUGCGACUGUAGCUGAUGACCAGAUAAAAGGAACCUUAAGAGUAGGUGCAUCUGUUGAAGCCAGACAUGGUGAUAAGAAAGAAUUUGUGGAAGCCACAAUUACCAAAAUCCAAGAUUGCAGUCAAUAUACUGUAGUUUUUGAUGAUGGAGAUAUCACAACAUUAAGAAGAACUGCACUAUGUUUGAAGAGUGGGCGGCAUUUUGCAGAGAGUGAAACUUUGGACCAACUUCCUUUAACACAUCCAGAACAUUUUGGAAAUCCAGUAAUUGGAGGCAGGAGAGGACGGCGGUCUAGACAAGCGCAAGAUGAAAGCAGCGAUGAUGAAGAUAGUCCUCCGCGAGGAACUCGUGACUCAGGUUCUAGUGGAACAGGGAAAGAAGGUAUGGAGACAGAACCAGAGAUUGGACGAGUUGUAUGCGUGGAACUUGGAGAUAAAAAGAAAAAGGAUAACUGGUUCCCUGGGUUAGUGGUUGCACCAACUGCUCAAGACACAGUAAGAAUUCGAGUGAGAGAUGACUAUCUUGUGCGGUCAUUUAAAGAUGCACGAUAUUAUACAGUUCCAAAGAAAGAGGCCACUGAAUUCACAAAAGAACUUGUCAACAAAGUUGAGAAUAGCACAUUGAAGGUUGCAGUAGAAAAGGCACUGCUAUUUUUAGAGAAGAAUGAGUUGCCUCCUCAUUGGGAUAGGGAUUCUCUUUUUGGACAUUCUGUGUCAAGUGGAAAUAGUGACUCUGAUGGAGAACUUGAUUCGGAUAGCUCAGAUGACGAACCCCGUGAAGAAAAAGAUCAUUUUGUGGCACAACUGUAUAAAUUUAUGGAUGAUCGUGGAACACCUAUUAAUAAUUGCCCAAUGAUCGGAUCUGAAGAUAUAGAUUUGUAUAGGUUAUUUCGAGCUGUUUACAAAUUGGGUGGUUAUAAUCGCGUAACGAAUCAAAAUCAAUGGAAACUGAUAACACGCCGUCUAAGCUUUACAAUGCAAAAUUCUCCAUCCACGCACAAUUUGGUUAAACAGGCCUACAAAAAAUUCCUGCAUUCGUUUGAAGAUUUUUACAGAAAAUUAGGUUGUACCAUGGUCAAUCAUCCAAGAGGUACUAUACGGAAACAACGUCCCGGUAGAAGUCUGAUUAGAGAUAAAGACAGAAAUACACCCGUGCCACCACAAGUGACUGUGUCUAAGAACGAAAAAGAAGAGGACGAAAAGAAAGUGAUAGAGGAUGAGAAAAAGGAGAAAAAAGAAGUAAAAAAAGAACUAGUGAAAGAGGAAGAGGUCAAAAUGAAGAAGAAGGACGAGUUUGAGGAAAGCGGCAGUGGGCAGGAAAGCGAUGUCAAUGUGGAAGGUGAAGCAGAAUCAUCUAGUAGUGAAAAGUCUCAAAAAAUUUCAACAACGUUAACAUUACAAAAUAGAGGUAAAUCUAAAAUUAAAGAAGAGUCAAAGAAAAAGGUGAUAGAGAAGAAGAAAAACGAGCCUAAAAAGCAAGAGAAAAAAGAUGAUAAAGCGAAAGAAGAGGAUGCCGCUAAAACGCGAUCUAAAUCCAAAGAUGAUACUGUCAAAAAAACGUCAUCUGAAACUAGAGAAACACGAACUCCAUCUAGAGAAUCAGAAAAAAAAACAUUGACCAAACAGAGGCGUUUAACCGACGAAGAAUUGAAAAGACGAGGGAGAAAGCGUAAAGAGUAUGAGGCCGAGAAGUCGCGUUCUGACGAACAAUUAACAGAGUCUGCUCCUUGUUACAAAGGACCUGUAGAAUUAGGAGACCGGUUGAAAGUAUAUUAUGGACCUACUCAUGAAUCAAAAGUCACGUAUGAAGCCAAGGUUAUUGAUAUGGAGAGAGAUGGUACUGAACCAAUGUAUCUUGUUCAUUAUACUGGAUGGAACACAAGAUAUGACGAAUGGAUCAAAGCGUCAAGAAUAGCGCAAAACUUUACGCAAGCUCAGGGUAGAGUUAAACGUGUUAAAGCUAAUUCACGACCACAAACACCCAGCACGAAUUUAUCUAAUAAUGUAAACAAGUCGUCGAAAAUUGUGUCUAACACAAGUUCAAACGUGUCUCAAAGUCGUCGUCGAGCACAAAGUGUAGCCCCAACAACGACAAUUUUCUCUUCGACCGCAGUGAAGGAGGUAAAGAAGGAGGACAAGGAAAAAGAUAAAGAAACGUCUCAGCCAGUUAGGUCUACAACUCCACUAUCUGUCACAAGUUCUAGUUCCAGAACUAAGAGUCCAGCGACCCCAGCGAAUAAUCGUCAUACACGAAUAACGAGAAACAAUGAUGUACCUGGUAUAGAACACAGACGACGCACGAGAAGGACGUCUGGACAUACAGACAUAUCAGUUGCGUCGGAAACUGAGGACAGCGAAACAUAUGACUCUGACAUCACCGAACCAGAACAAACAAGAACCAAAUCCAAAGGUGCAGAAGACAGGAAGCGUAGAGACGCGAAAUGUAGAGCCGAGGAUAGAAUAAAACCUGACGAAACUAGUGAUGGCGAGGAAGAUAAAGAUAAUUUGGAAGAACCACGCAGAGGUAGACGUUUGAGGAGAACGAUUGGUAAAUCGCAGGGUAUAAAAUCGGAACCUGAUAGUGAUGAGGAACAGCCUAAAGGUCGAGAUUUCGAUUUAAAUCAAAUACGAUCGGAACUGAAAGGUUUUGACAAGGCAGUGAAAUUGGAACUUGUUAGAGUCGAGCCUGAUCCAGAGGAUGAAAUAAAAAUAGAAGAAAAAGAAAAUGUAGUUCUAGUUUCACCGAAAUUGGAAAAAACUUUAGAACCUAAAUUAGAAACUACUCCUGAGUCUAAAGCAACAGAGAAUACAGAAGACAUAUAUGAAUUCAAAGAACCAGAACCAUUUGAAUUUGAAGUACGUAAUAAACGAGAUACCAGCGGAGAAAAAGACAAAGCGAAGAAGAGAGUAUUCGAGGAAGAACCGAAAAGUCCCAAAAAGAAGCAGAAAAUAAUUGUGUCACCAAUUAUAAAAGAAAUUAAACCAGACAUCGAGGAUUCAAGGAAGAAAGCAAAAAAGUUGUUUAGUAAAAGAAUUGAUGAUAUUACAGAAAAUCAGACUACUCACAAACCAUUGCAAUCUGCAUCAUCAACCACAUGUGAAGAAGCAUUUGAUAAACUUUGCGAACCGCCAACGUUCAAUCAAGUGAAAGCUGCACCUAUCAUAGAAGAAACAAGUAAAAUAACAAAUGGAAUUGAUUUGUUAUUUAGUGAUUUACCUGGUGACGAUGAUGGUACACAUGAUGAUUCAGAAGAUCGAUUGAUAAUAUCAGAGGCAGAGGUUUCUGAAGCGGAACAAGAAAACUUAUUUACGUAUCAGCAAGAAAUGUUCUCUGCUAAUGAUAUGAACGAUUCGUUGGAAUCGUCUAAAGAAGAUACAGGUUUACAGGUUGGAGCUGUAGGGGAAGAAUUGUCGUCACCAGUUUUGAACAAGCCUGAGGUACUGGUGGAACAAAAGCCCAGUAUUAAAAUGUCUCCAUUACACAGACAAUCUCCAGAAUUAAAAUCACUCGAUACCAAAUUAUUGGAUAUCACGUCUAUCUCGUCUCCGAUUGUAGCAGUUCCAGCACCAAUUAGUGCAAGACUACCAGCCACAUCUACAAUAGAAGAGAAACUUUCGGCAGCAAUGGCUUUCCGUAAUAAAAUAAAAGAAAUUAAAAAAGAAGACGACGUUCCCGAAGUUAUAUGGAAACCGUCGAAAGAAAUCCCUAAAAAGGUGGAUAUUAUAAUUGUACAAAAUAACAAGGAAGAGCAAAAUGUACCUAAGUUAGAUAUUGAAUGUAAAAAGCGAGAAGAAGAAGAUGUUGCAACAAAUAACGAAGAACCAUCUAGAGAAAUAAUGCGAGUAGUCAUAAAACAGAAGGAUGAGGAACUUCAACAAUUGAAAUUGAAGAAAGAAGUGGAAUUAAAGAAGUUCGUUGAAACAAAAACAGAACACAAGAAGGUACAGGAGACUAGUGAAGGGGUAUGGAAACAUAUUGAGAAUGAAGAAACGAAAAAAAUGGAAGAUGAAUUCAAGGAACACGAUUUUAAGGAGAAAGAGAAGGAAAAGCGUAAAAAGAUAGUUACUCAAGAUAUUGUGGAUUCUGCAGACAGUAGCGACUCUGAGCAGAGACUAAUAAUUGAUAAUGAAGAACCUCAAGAUGCGAAAACACCAUCGAAUUUCGACGUAAAAUUAAGAGCAGAGUUAGAUAGACUUCAGGAUACGCAAGAAAGGUAUCCAAAAUUACAAAUUCAGAAAUCGGUACAAUUGAAGCAUCAACAACAAGAAUGCAUCAUCGAAUGCAAGCCGGAAACUGUAUCUAUUACAAAAGCUGAAGAAGAAGGUGAAACAAUUAACUCUUUACUGUGCGAGGAAGAAAUACCAGGUUCGCCAGCUCCCGUGUCUGAAACAAUUGAACAAAUAAAUGCUGGUCCGUCAUGUUCUCCACCAAAAGUUGAAGCAUCUGAAAGCAAUAUAGUACUCAUGGAAAUGCCUUUUGCAAGUGCUCCUACUUCAGGCCAAAGUACGACUAGCAGUACUGUUGUCACUUUAAGUAUGGCAUUACCAAAAACAGUGGAAGCAACUGUUCCAGUUUCUUUACCAAUGCAAUCAAAUCCUACUCUAGGUGUGAGGCAGCAACCACAUCAUCAACAUUUGCCUGCAUUGAUGCCUGCUCAAAGACGAGAAAGCAAUGAAGCAGCACCUGUAAUGGACAAUACACCACCAACUACACCAGACUCUAGUAUUUCCAACAUCUCUGGUUCCCCAAGGGAAGAAAGAACAGGUGGUUCAUCACCAAUCUCUGAAGAUAACUUGAAACUAAAUCGUGAUAGUUCGGAAGCAGACAAUGAUAGUGGUGGUAAAGGUCCUGCAUUCAGUGAAGAUGAUACAUUACCAAAUACUGAAGGCAAUACUGCAGAUAGAAUAUUGAAGCCGCCGGCAAAACGUUCUGUGGAGGAAACUCAAUCUCCCAAAAAGCGUAAGAGAAGUAGAAAACAUUCAGAAUGUGAUAAGAAUACUUCCAAGAAAAGUGGAAGGCAUAGUGGUAGACAUGGUAGACACGGUGCUGGAAGCGACAGCGACGAUACGAGUGAGGGCUCCAAUCUAUGUGGAGCUAAUUCAACAUCUACAAAUCAUACGAAUAUGGCCGCCACAGUGGCUGAUCUUAGUAAUUAUUCCUCGAGAUCACCGCGACCUACAAAAUAUAAUUUCUAUGUGGAAUUAGAUCCUGAAUUGGACGGAAGUCAAAGAAUAGCUGUAUUACAACAAAAAUUAGCUGAAUUGCGUAAAACGUAUAAUGCUGUGAAGGUCGAACUGGCUGCUAUAGAAAGACGCAGAAAAAAAUUGCGGAGAAGAGAACGGGAAGCCAUAAAGGCAGCUAAAGCAGAAAUGCAACAAGCCUGUUCGUGAUGAGCUGCCUUGAGAUACCCUGUGUCACUUAAUAUGCGCUAAACAAACUUUUAUACAACACCAAGAGAUAAUAGAAUAGUAUCAUUGAGUGGAUACACUGCGAUCACAGCAGAUUUCAUGACAAUUUUUACCUACUCAACAUCAUUUAGGUAACUUUCCCCCUCCCCCAUUAAUAUAAAUUGUAGAUAUAGGUGAUAAGAUUUAGUAUAAAGGAGGAACAUUUAUCAGAAUGAAAAUAUAUAUUCAUAUGUGCUUUGUGUUGUACAUUGUUUUUGUUAAAGAACGUAAUGUGACUGUUAAAAAAAGAAAAUCUUUAUCUUCAAUUUGUCAUUUCACCUGCUCAGAUGCAAAGUACAAAUUAUCGAACUUGAUGAUCAUUUUCAUCGUUCAUUAUUGUUUUUUAAGGAAAAGGCUGAGAAAAAACGUUACCGAUAGUAUGUUAUUAUAAAGACAUCUUGGGAACAAAUAAUUGUCUAAGCCGUCUGUCAUUUUCGUUUCGAGCAUAUAGCUUGUAGCACUGUUGGCGGUUGAGCUGUUUUCAGGACGAUCAAAUAAAGACAUAUGAUUAUGCGAGUGCGACAACCAUCAUGUAUUUCUUAGGGUAGACAGAUUUUGUAUAUAUUAGAGUAAUAAUAUUAUAGUGAUCUGCAAUAUAUUACGUGUGUACGUAAAUAGAAUCGUAGCAUCCUUAUGAUCGAAAUAUUUCUUUUUUAAAUUUAAAACAUUGCUCUUCAAUGUGGUUUUUAAAAGUAACAUAGCAAAACAACCAUAUUGAAAGCAAUAUUCAUUUGUACGAUAUAACAAAUAUGUAAAACGAACGAAUAAUUGUAUAUUGACAUGCAUGUGAGAUAUAGCACAAUUUUUAACUUCUAAAAGAGGAAACAGAAUUACUUUAAUUUAUGUACAUAAUUUACAUGAAUAAAAUAUAUAUCAUAUUAUAGCUGUUCUAAAAUAUGAAACAUUAAAGUUUAUUGUAAUUAUAUGAUUACACUCGUACUAGAAAAAAACUUCAUUGACAAACUGCAUAGACUCGAGUUAAUUGACUAUGCAAUUGUCAUGAAUGCAGCUCAACGGGAUUCAUAAAUUUACAGUCUUUUGCAUUAUAUCUGAAAAAUUGCUGCCAUUGUGCUUUAAUCAUUAAAUAGGUACUAGACUUCAUCGUCGUAUGUCGUAAUUGGUCAAAGAUGCAUUUAUAUUUGUAUUUGGGAGUCAAUGUAUCCCAGGUAUUAGUAAAAAAAAUAACGAAAGAAAACAAACAAAAACGAAUAAACUUAAGAGACAUGUCGCAAAAAUCGAGAUCAAAUACCCAGUAUGAAACUAAAUUUGUACGAAGAUAUGUUGGCUGACGAGAGAAUGAAAUUUUAUAUAGAUAUAUAUUAUAUAUAUUUUUUAUAAAAGUCAGUUGUACAUGCUGAUUGGAUGAAAGAGGAAGGAAAAAACUUAGUAGUUAGGCUCCAUGAAUCCUUUGUACAUAUUUUACACUGUGUGUGUUGAGGUCACUUAUAAAUCAAGUUUUAGUAGUUGUUUAUCGCACACGAAUGUAGCUACGCAUAUAAUUGUAUAAUGGUUUCAGAGGUCUUGCAGUAGCACAUGCUAUGCAUUUGUCUUAAGAAGUUCAAGGGAUAUGUGUAUCACUCAUUGUAAAUGUAACGGAUUAAUGAAACAGUAAAUAAUUAUGGAAUGAA